UGAUUUAAACAGCGAUCAAAUUAUUGUAAUCUCAAUCUGUAAUCUUUGAUCCGAAAUUUAAAGUUACUAAGUUAAUUUAGAAGUUGAUUGAUUAUCAUCCAUAAUUUAAUGCAGUAGACUAUAAAUUAGUAGGCAAAAGUAUCUUCAAGUGAAUUUUACCUAUCUUAAACUUGUGAUGACUUACAAAUAAUAAUUUCAAAUGACCCUGUCCGCUAAACAGUUAGAACAAAUCAAGAAACUACGAGGUUUGCCAAUCGUUCAUCAUCAUGGUUAUGUUUGUGAUCUUCCACCAAACCACAGGUUCCCCAUGGCCAAGUUUCAUAAAGUUUUUGACUUCCUCCUCAGAGAUUGGAUAGUUAACAGAGACAGGCAACACAUUGAACCAUGCCAAAUAACUGCAGAUGAGGCAGCAAAUGUUCAUACCAAAGAAUAUGUGGACAAAUUUUUCAACGGUAAAACUAACAGUAAUGAGCAGCGAGCUACAGGAUUUGUUUGGUCCCAAGGAUUGGCUUCUAGAGUCCGUUAUGAAACAGGAGGCACGCUGCUGGCUGCCAAGUUGGCGUUAGAUAGAGGACUAUCAAGCUCCACGGCAGGAGGCACUCACCAUGCUUUUCCUGAUAGAGGGGCUGGCUUUUGUCUCAUCAAUGAUUUGGCAGUUACUGCCCAAUAUCUGAUAGACACCAAAGCUGUGAAUAAAGUUCUUAUUGUAGACCUAGAUGUGCAUCAGGGAGAUGGUACAUCGUUUAUUUUUGAGAAGUCUGAAAAUGUUUUUACCUUUGAUAUGCAUUGCGGCAAGAAUUUCCCAUUUCGAAAGCAGAAAAGUGAUUACGACAUACCUUUAGAUGUGAACUUGGAAGAUGUUGACUAUUUAAAAAUAUUACAAGACCAUCUGCCAAACAUUCUUGACAGUUUUCGACCAGAGCUUGUGUUGUUUGACGCUGGUGUGGAUCCACACAAGGACGACGAGCUGGGAAAAUUGCAGUUAACUGAUGAUGGUCUGUUCAAGAGAGACGAAUAUGUACUUGAGCAAGUAAUAAAGCGAGGAAUCUCUGUAGCUACAGUGAUUGGUGGAGGUUAUAGCAGAGACCUGGACAAGUUAGCCCUUCGUCACACUAUUGUCCACAGAGCAGCAACCAAGGUGUGGAGAGUCCUGGGCCUCUAGGUGAGAUAAUUAUAUCUAGAGCAAGUAG